AUGAAGGCGUGGCACAAGUACCGAACUUUCAAGCGUGUUCAGAAGCUUUGGGCAGAGUACAAGGAAGUAGCGCAAUCGGAGCUUGAGAGCCCAGAUGGAAAGCUUGUGCUUGUCAGUCAGAAGCUCUCCACCUUUCUUGACAGCUUUCAGAAUGCGUACACAGAGUUCAAAGCAUCAAGCAACGGGAAGACCCUGAAGGCCUUCUAUGGGGACUGUACGGAAGUGCUAGUCUCUCUGUUGGACCUGGUAGACAGACACCUGUCCAACUGCCAUGAAGCCGGUCAGAGCCAACACGAGGGGUCCGUCGGGGAGAGGCCCUCCAACGCCAAGGAAGAGGGGGAGGCAAGGGAGGGGGAGCAGAAGGACACGAGUCAAGUGCCUUCGUGGAUCAUUGAAGCCCGAGACCCUGAAGUUUCCUUCCAAAUCGCACAGACCAUCAACAAGGCCUUGCAGGUGGCAGAGUUGAUCCUGAGAGAAGAGAAGUAUCGUGGAAUAGCUACCGUCGAUGCACCCAAGAUCAUCCAGAAGGUGGUGUCCUUGUUGGAAAAUGUCAAGUCAACAGAAGCCAAGAAAGCUGUGCUGAGAAUGAUUGGCUCUAUGUCCCAAUCGCUGGAAAGCAAGCUCGAGAUCUUCCGCAUGGAUGGGUACAGGAAGGUGCUGCAAGUGCUGAUGGACUCAGAGGACGGGAUCAGCCGGGAGGCCCUCAAGACUCUGACCCACUUCCUGCAAGCGCACGAUGAGGAGAUGGACUCGGAAUCAGAGGCUCCUCCGCAGCUGAAGCAAGCGAUCGAGAUCGUGGAGAAGACCUCAAACAAGAUCGGGUUCCGCCUGUCCAUCAGCCCUUCAGUGGUGUGGAAGACAACCAAGGCAGCUGUCAGCGAGGCCCAGAAGCUGAUCUCUAGGUCCGGCCGCCCGGCAGAGGAUGUUGAUGAUGACGUGUCCGAGGAGUCUUCCGGCGGCUGUAAAGUAGAGAACAGGGAGCUUGAGUUUCCUCCCUCUCGGAAAGAGAUCGCAGCUCGAAUCGAAGAGCUGGAGUUGGAGCUCAAGGAGUUCGAGGACUCGGUCAGCCUGGUGGAGGGGCAGGACCUCUCCCCGAGAGCUUACACCGACUUCCUAAUCUCGGAGCACAUGCACUCUGAGCGGACCGAUGACGACCUAAUGCAGCAGAUCAUGGGGAUCCAAGGAGCGCUUUCCACUCUCGUCUCCAAGCUGGCGGAGGCUGCGAGUGAUGUGCAGCUUGACGUCAUCGCCACCAUCUCCAAGAUAUUGCGAAACAACCGGCGGAAUCAAAAAGAAUUCCGGGACAUCAACGGGUACACGUUCAUGACCAAGAUAUUGAAUGGGAUCAACGAUUACAAGUCCCCUGCAGGGCAACUUUUUCUCAAGGACUUCUUUGGGUUGAUGAAGAACAUCAUCACAGAUGGCAAUCAUGACCAUAGCAUUGGAAACGUGGAUGCUUUGGUCUUGAUCCUCAAACUCAUCUCGUCUGAUUGUCACCUUGAAGUCAAAAUCCGUGCAGUAAGCGUCGUGAAGGAGCUCCUGAUCUUGAACGACUUGAAUGUUGUGUGCGUGAAGAUGAAGCAGGGCAUCGAUAUCCUGAUACAAGAGCUGCAGACCAUGCUCUUGAACGAGGACCUUGUGAGGGGCUACAUCUCCUCCCCCUACAGCCAGCUGAUGGAGGCUAUGUUGGAUUGCGUCAGCUAUUGCGCAGUCCUUCUAUCCAGACACGAUCAUGAGACGCUUGAACGAUUGUUCCACGUCUCCUUCUCUGACGUCAACAUGCAUCCGUUGGUCCGCUUGGAGAUGAUCCUGUCCACACGAGAUCUCUUCCGCGACCGCGCUUCAAGGAACCUGUCCUUCUCCUCCAAGUCCAUGUUCGUCGGGAUUCUCAACCAACUGUCCAUGAUCUCGCAGGUUCGCUUCGAGAGCAACUCAGAUGAGAACAACUUGGGCUUGUUGACCUUCCUCCACAACUCUACGGGUCACCGUAGCCCCAAGGAGAACGUCGUCAUCAUGCUGCUCGAGAUGCUCUGCCACUUCGUGUCUAGAGACCCUAGUCAGAUCGGCAACUUCGUCGGCAUGCAGGGCCACGAGGUCAUGGAGUCGCUGGUCUUGUCUUCCUUUCCUCUCACAGUCUGCGCGUUGAGCGUCUGGAUCCUCCUGGAGGUCACCUGGCUCUCCCCCAACGAGGCCGAGUGCGUCAACAGCCUCGAGCGGCUGCUGGACCGCGACGACCUGCCGAUCAAGAAGAGGAUUCUAGUGCUUAUCAUGAUCCGCUCCUGGCUGAACGAGAUGGACGUGGGCGACAAGGAGUUCAGCAUCAGAGUUCGCUUCCGCGACUCGGCCAUGUUCCAGGUACUCCUCAAAACCAUUCAGAUCGGAGGGCCGACAGUGGCUCGUGAAGCCUUCAAGACUUUGGGUUGCAUCGUCGGAAAGAACGAGAAGCUGAAGCAGCAUCUGGAGUCGAAGGUCACCUUCCAAAGGCUGACGGACAUCCUGAAGGAGUCCAACAUCAAGCUCGACCUGUCUGUCAUGGAGUACAUGCUGCAGAUGUCAAGCUCUUACCCCCUCGAGAACAUCCUGUGCUCCAACUUUCAAUCGGUUCCUAGACUUGCAGCCGUCGACAUCAACAGCAACGUGAUCAUGAACAUUCGCAAACCAACUCCGCGAUUCGUCGGGCGGCUGACCUGCGCCAGGGACUCGUCGCACGUGCCGAAUGACGUGGGUGCCAAGAGCGAGACUGCGUCGAGGAAGAGCGAGGCCUCCUCGAGGCUCAAGUGGACUCCCUCCAACUCCUCUCAGUCCGAGGCCCGCACCAUGGUCUGCUCCUCAGAUUCCUCCCAGCUGGACUCGCGAGAUCGCAUGCUCGAGACGUUGUCGUCCGACUUGUGCCCGGACCCUGACAGCUCGAGAGGGCAGAAGCUCAGCCUCUUCCGAUUCCGCAGCAGCGCCGCCGCUUGCAUGCUCCUGGAGACCCUGCCGAGGUCCGAGCCCUCUAUCCAGAGGACCGUGCUCGCCACCAUCCACACGCUGCUGCAGCUGAACCCGGAGAACCUGAGGCUGGCGGCGAUGACUCAGUGUAUCAGCCUCGUCUUCACAAACAUCAUCCCCAACUCCCCGGGGAUGGAAGAGAUGUACAUGGACAUCCUCGCGCUGGUGGGCUCUUACAGCAUGAGCACCAGCGAGGUAGAGUUCCUCCUCACGCUCGCUUCAUCGGGAAGUGAGAGCAUGGCGAGCGAGCAAGGGAAGGACUCACUGGUCCUCAAGCUGAUCUGUUCCAUCUGCGAGCGAUGCCUCCCCUUGCACUUCUUCCACUGCGAUGGGCGGCCUGCGUGGAUCCGAACCUCUUGCAUCGACAAGUUCCCUCCCCCCAAGGUUGGCUACACGCUGAGCUGCUGGAUUCAGAUCUCCUCCUUCCACGGCGAAGAAUCGACUCUCAUGAGGUGGACCCAAGGUGCUACCCAGCUGUGUGAGUUGUACUUCCAGCGGAUCGGAGCAGAAGAUGACUCGGCUCGAUGUCUGAGCGUGAGGACUCAGGCGCAAGACAAGUCGGCCGAGAACAACAUCCCGUUCGCCUUCAACGCCUUCAACGCAUACUCCUUCGCCGCUGACCACAAAUGGCACCAUGUCGUCUUCACUCACUGCAACCGCACCCUGAGCCUCUACGUGGACGGGUCCUUCAUCCAGAGCUGUAGCUUCCUGACCUACCCGCACUCGCAGUCCGGGAGCUUCUCAAAGGAGAAGCCUCUGACCGGCUGGUUCUUCGGAGACAGCAAAGACGCGAGCCAGGGGACGUUCAGGGGGGCUGUGAGCACGAUCUACAUCACUGAGGGAGUGUGGGACAGCAAGAUGGUCUCUAGCGUUCACUCGUUGGGUACCCUCCAAGUCGAUAGCGUGCGGCUCAAGUCGAUGAACACCGACAUGAAGUUCAUGUCCAUCAUCCACCCGAAGAACUGCGUGGAGUCCAAGUCAAGCCUCUUGUCCUCGACCAUGAUGGACAUCGAGGCCUUGGGGUCGCCGUCCUGGAGCAACAUAGCUGAGAACCUUAUUGACCGCUUCACUCAGUCGCUCAACGCCGACGCAACUUCAACUGCCCGUAAGUCUUCGGACAAGAUCCACUCGUUCUCAGCUUGGCCGAAGAAAGGCUAUCAGGAGGAGGCGCCUUCAGAGUACGGAGGGUUCCUGCAAACACACAGCACAGAGAGCUUCCAGCAGUGCCUGACGGAGACAGGAGGGAUCAGGCUCGUGAUCAGACUCCUCCACUCCGUCAAGUCUCAUCACAAGCAGACGGUCCUCGAGAUCCUAGCGCAGCUCAUGAGGACCUGGGAGUCUUCUAGGGCGGAGUUUGCGAUCUUGAACGGGUACAACAUCCUCCUGUACAUCUUCAAAUCGAGCGUCGACGUCUCUCUCCCGGUCUUCCACACCCUAAUCAAGAUGGCCUCCUUGGGCGGGACGUCAGGGCUCAACGUCGGGGAGUGCGUGGCGAUUGUGGUGUACCUGCUGUCGUUCAACUCCGACUACCUCAAGAGGAGCGUGUUGCUGCUCAUAGACGACAAGUUCAUGACUGGCUCCUCUGUCACCUGCGAGACUUGGAUGCGGCAGCCCCAGCUGGGACUUCAGGUCAUCUAUCACUUUCUCUCAUCCUCCGACGCCUCCGUUGUCCCCGUGCUUCUCAACCUGGUCCGGCACACGGCUCCUCUCUGGGGCCCCCAAGAGUUCAAGCAGACAGUCGCCUUCCUGGUGGACGGCGACAGCACGGGAGUGAACGUGAGGGCACAGGUGGUGGAGCUCGUGAUCCAGCUGCUGAAGCAGGGGGACCUCUCUCCCGACGCCAUCCGAGGCAGCACAGGCGUGGACUACGUGUUCUGCGUGCUCGACUCGCAGGAGGAGGCCUGCCGCCAUGGAGCCCUGAAGCUGCUGACGCUCCUCAUGAGGGAUGGGAAGACGAGCCGAUGGUUCGAACGAGCCAACGGGUUCGAGAUCCUGUGCAAGAUCCUGCAGCAGCACGAGGUGACGAUCCUGACGUGCUCGGCUCUGAUCGAGCUGUCUCUCACCGAGCAGUCCACCUUGAUCUUGUUCCCGCAAGCCAUGCAGAUCGUCUUGGAGGUGCUCAGCCACUGUGACAAGACUGACGUUAUUCUGUGCGCCUUGAAGAUGGUGCUGACCGUCCUCGAGAACCCCUACAGCGUCAGCACCAUCCUGGCCCAUGGAGGCAUCGACUGGUGCAGGAGGUUUCUGCACCAGCUGAGGGUGACGUCGAUCUCGGACGUGGUGUCGGAGGACCCGAGGGUGAAGGCGGUGGUGGGGCUGAAGCAGUCGCCGAUGCAGAAGGUGAUUGGGAGGCUGCUCAUGUGCGGCAUCUUCCGGGACCAGGUGAAGCACCUGCGGCUCAAGGAGCUGACGGACAACGAGUCGCUCCACUUCCUCGCCAUCCGAGAGGUGGUCGACCACUUCGACAAGGACCCCGAGAUCCCUUCCUUCCAGGCCUCCAACGUCUGCCGCUGCCUCGCGUCGCUCUUCGAGCCUCUCCUUGAGACCUUUCCCAUCACCGACCCUUCCUUCUACUUGAACGUCGUGCGGAUCAUCAACAGGAUUGCGAAUCAGAACACAGAUCUCAUCAGGAACGCGAUGAAGGAAGCAGCGCUGCUCGACCUGCGAGACAGCCUCAUCCUGCACUGCCUCCGGCUGCCUCUGACCAAGGCUGGAGCUUUCUCCAUCAUGCAGGGGCUCAGCUUCGAGUGGAUCGCGGAGAAGCAAGUGUUCCGAGACGCCGGGGGCAUCCUCCACCUCCUCCACAUGUUCCACGAGUUCCCCGAGGAGCGAGACCUGCAGAUCGGCAUCGGAUGUGUCAUCAGAAAUGUGAUCUGCGUGAUCCAAGAGAAUAGGAAGGCGCUGCUGCGGAUGCUGGAGGACGGGGAGAUCAGCUCGUGCUUCAUCCCUGAGUACAACCACAAGGCCUCGGAGAUGGAGGACGACGCCAACGACGAGGUGGACAGGACGGAAGAGGGCUCCAAGAUCAUGAUAACCUUCCUUGACUGGUACACGGACGAGAGUCAACGGCAGCGAUACGAGGCGACGAAGAGCAGAAUAGCAGAGAAGCUGUCUCAGAUGGAGGCGCAGGUCAAGAAGGCGAGGGAAAAGGCCGUCGGCAAGCAGGCGAAGCGGCUGAAGCAGCAGCAGGAGCGCUCCUGGAAGGCGUCGCAGUCGCUGGAGAAGACGCUGAGCGAGGCGGACACGCGACGAUCAAACCUGAUGAACCAGCUGCGGAUGAUCAGCCGACAGCAGCAGGCGGCAUGGCUGCAAGAGAGAGACGCGGCGACAGAGGAGGGAGGGAGGGAGCUGGAGAGAGUGGCGAGCGUGUGA